UUGCCUGGGAGACGCCGGCUCGUACGCAUAAAUGUUGCCCUGCGGACGACUUGCCGUGCUGGGACUUGCGCUGCUCUGCCAAGGCUUUGAGGAAGGCAGCAGCAGCAGUGACGACUCGUGUGACAACUUCACGGACCUCAACCUGUCCCAUUGCUUCCUGGGCACCAGCCUGUACGUACGCCUGCUGCUAUACACGCGCGCCAACCCGACGUGCGGCCGCGAGCUGCACCAUCAGCGCUUCCCGUCCGAGCCGCUCUUCAACCUCACCCGGCCCACCGCCUUCAUCAUCCACGGCUACCGGCCCACCGGUGCGCCGCCCGUGUGGAUCGACCACCUGGUGCGCCUGCUGGCUGAGCGGCGGGACCUCAAUGUCAUUGUGGUGGAUUGGAACCGGGGGGCCGCCAACCUCAACUACCUCACCGCCGUGGCCUACACCAGGGAGGCGGCUCACAACCUGACGGCAUUCAUCGGAAGCAUGCAGGAGGAAGGAGCCUCGCUGGAUUCGGUGCACCUCAUUGGCGUCAGUCUGGGGGCGCACCUCGCCGGCUUUGUGGGUGCCAACCUGAAGGGAAAGAUCGGGCGCAUCACAGGUUUGGACCCGGCUGGGCCUCUUUUCAACAGCGCCACGCCAGACGAGAGGCUGGACCCUUCCGACGCCAUGUUUGUGGACGUCCUGCACACAGAUAUGGACUCGUUUGGCCUGCGGGGCGCUCACGGUCACGUUGACUUCUACGCCAACGGUGGGGCCGACCAGCCCGGUUGCCCCAAAACCAUCUUUGCUGGAAAGUCUUACUUUGUGUGCGACCACCAGCGUUCCAUGUUCCUGUACCUGUGCGCCCUCAACGGCACGUGCAGCCUGACGGCGUACCCGUGCACCUCCUACGCCGACUUCCUGGAUGGACGCUGCCUGCAGUGUGAAGCCUUCAAGCCCGCUUCCUGCCCGCAGCUCGGCUAUGAUGUCAUCCAAUGGCGGGAAAGUCUUCUGCGACUGGGACAGACCAAAGUGUACUUCAGCACCACCCCCUCGCACCCUUACAUGAAGAUGAACUACAGAGUGGACAUGGUGACGUGGAACCAGUACCUCCGCUGGGGGGUGGUCUACAUCCGCCUGCAUAGCGGCAGGAACGUCACAGAGGCCCGUGUGGACCACAAGCGUCUUCGCUUUGAGCAGUUCACUUCCACGCGUCUUCUGGCCCAGUUUGACGAAGACCUGCCGCACGUGCACAAGAUCUCCCUGCGCAUUAGCACGGGUAACGUGAUUGGGCCUCGCUACAAGAUCAGACUGCUGCAAAUACGACUGACGCCGCUGGAGCAUCCACAAAGGCCACUAAUGUGCCGCUUUGACGUCAUCAUGGAGGAAAACACAGAGGUGGCGUUCCGGCCAUCAUCAUGCAAUUCUCGGCGCUGAUUUAUCGUGCUCGGCGGGGAUGAUGACAACCUAUGGGCGGAGCUACAAUCCAGACGGACAAAGCGAUCACUUAUCACGUGGACCAGAAUGAACUUUGUAAUAAUCGUCACGGAGAUGGCCAAGAAAGACAAGCAGAAGAAAUAGAAGUGAGGUUAACUGUUAGCUUACCUGGAAAGUAAGCCGCAGCGGUCGUCACAUGACGCCUUUGAGACACGUUAUGCAAACAAUCGACACAAGCUGUUGCUGGUUAGUCGUGCGUCAUGGGAAUGAAAAGGCAGUGUUAAUUAAAGUGACAGGAAGAGAGAAAAAUGCGAUAUAAGCUUAAGGUCAUUUACGUACCUGUGCCCGGCGAGCUACCGGAUCGGCUCCCUCAGUUAUUAUGUCUCACGAUGCGAUCGCCGAUUUGGAGGGGAUCUCCAAAAAUUGUGAGGCGGGUUUCAUGGGGAGAUAACAUGAGACAUGACUCGACAUCAUGUUUGGACCCAGACGAUAAUCUGGCCCUUGAUGGGAUUGAGGUCAAAUUAGACCUGCUUAUCAUCAUGUCUGUUUAUUUCUUGUGCUCUCCAUGUCUUGUGCUCAAACUUGUUUGAUGGUUUUACCGUGUGCCUUUUAUCACCUUUUCUGUUUCAUAUUUACGUUUAAAAACAACACGCAAAAGAUG